GUUCAUCACUUCACAAGCAAAUCAGUACAGACUCUGUCUUUGCAUUCAAGGAGGAUGGAGAACGGCACCGAGGGCAAUAACUUCUACAUUCCCAUGAACAACAGGACUGGGAUUGUGAGGAGUCCUUUUGAAUAUCCACAGUACUACCUGGCAGAUCCAUGGCAAUUCAAAGUGCUUGCCGUCUACAUGUUUUUCCUGAUCUGUUUUGGUUUUCCUAUCAACGCUCUGACGCUGGUGGUCACAGCUCAGAACAAGAAGCUCCGGCAACCUCUUAACUUCAUCCUGGUCAACCUGGCUGUGGCUGGAUUGUUUAUGGUCCUCUUUGGAUUCACCAUCACCAUCACAUCUGCUCUUAAUGGCUAUUUUGUUUUUGGACCAUUGGGUUGUGCAGUUGAGGGCUUCAUGGCUACUCUUGGAGGUGAAGUUGCCCUCUGGUCACUGGUAGUGCUGGCUGUUGAGAGAUAUGUUGUGGUCUGCAAACCAAUGGGAAGUUUCAAGUUCACUGCUGCUCAUGCUGGAGCUGGAGUUGCUUUUACCUGGAUCAUGGCUUUGGCUUGUGCUGCUCCUCCACUUGUUGGAUGGUCCAGGUAUAUUCCUGAGGGAAUGCAGUGCUCCUGUGGACCUGACUACUACACCCUGGCCCCAGGCUUCAACAAUGAAUCCUAUGUCAUAUACAUGUUCGUCUGCCACUUCAUUAUUCCAGUUAUCACCAUCUUCUUCACUUAUGGAAGCCUUGUGCUGACAGUCAAAGCUGCUGCAGCUCAGCAGCAGGAGUCAGCAUCCACCCAGAAGGCUGAGAAGGAAGUGACACGCAUGUGCAUCCUGAUGGUCAUUGGAUUCUUGGUAGCUUGGACCCCAUAUGCCAGCUUUGCCGCGUGGAUCUUUCUCAAUAAGGGAGCCGCCUUCACUGCUCAGUCCAUGGCUAUUCCUGCAUUUUUCUCAAAAAGCUCUGCCUUGUUCAAUCCUAUCGUCUACGUGCUGAUGAAUAAACAGUUCCGUAACUGCAUGCUGACUACUAUUGGAAUGGGUGGCAUGGUGGAGGAUGAGUCCUCAGUAUCAGCCAGCAAGACAGAAGUGUCCACUGCAGCAUAGAAGACUUGCAACAACUCUGAUGGAUUUUUCACAUGGACUUAUAACAAUAUUUCAAGACAGAGACUGUUUUCUGGUUUGGUCACUCAUAAUGGCAUCCCGAGGAAUUGCUAUCAGAUUACGACAGGCUGCUACUACAUCACUGCAACACCUCAAGGGAAAGAAAUAUACACAGUGCUGUCAAAACAAAGGAGGCACCUUAAAUCCAACAUCAGUGAGAGGCUCUUAUGCUUCUAUAAAAAUGUGGGGUGUGUUACCUGAGUGUGAAUCCAAUCAGCCCUAGGAGCACCACCAGCACAAGGACUCAGAAUUUACAUCAGUAGUGAUUCCACCAACUUGCCCUGUAGAGAAUAUUCAGACUAACCACACAGCAUCACAGAGCCACCCUAAGCAAAGGAAGCCUUUAUCCUGGUGUUUCCUAUAUUUUGAUGAUACAUGUAUAUUCAUAGCAAGCUUGUUUGUGAUACUAAUACAAUACAAUAUGGUAAUAAUUUUCCAGUUCUGAAGUUUCUCUUCUGCUGUGUGGGCAUUUUAUUUUUUUGUGGGUCAGCAUUUAUUUUGCUGGUCAAUUGUAUGUCACCACUGUAUAUAUUUUAUAAAUGUUUCAAAAAAUGUAAAUGUAGUUUAAUAAAUGCAUGCAUCCAAA